AACACGUCGGCGACCUCAUUAAUCGGUUCAGCUCAGCUCAGGCAGCUGCUAGCAAGAACGAAGAAAAUUAUGCGGAAUUUCUUAGGGAUAGAUCGAGGUGUUUUGUGUCAAAUGAUAAAUCAUCUGCUAAAUGUUGGUUGAAGUUAUCUGUUUAAAUGGCUCGGUGUCCAUUUGUACCUCUUCCUGCUUUCUGGCACAUCAGUUUUCGAAUGACCCAUCUACGGAGGCAGACGGCUUGCAGUGCCCUUGUAAUCACAGCUCUCCUCAUCAUUUGUAUCUAUGUCUAUGAGACUGGCUCCUAUGGCCCGUCCACUAGUGGGGACAGAGACUAUGAUAACUAUGUGCAGAGGUACCAACACGUAGAGGCCACCAAUAUAGGAGAUCCAAAUCUCUACUAUGGCGUUGUGGUUGAUGCUGGUUCCAGUGGGACUAGGGUUUUUGUCUACUUCUGGCCCAGUCACACUGGAAAGAAUAAUGAACUGCUCCAAAUACACCAGAUGAGAGAUGCCAAUAGACAGCCAGUGGUCAAGAAAAUUAAACCAGGUUUGGCAGGACUUGCCAGCACCCCAUCAGAAGCAAGUACAUAUAUGAAACCAUUACUAGACUUUGCAGUUAAUCACAUUCCAGAAUCUAAGAUACCAGAGACACCUCUCUACAUCCUUGCCACUGCUGGUAUGCGUAUGUUACCUGAAAGUCAAUCUCAGGCAAUUCUAGAUGACCUUAAGAGAGACAUUCCUUUGGACUAUGGUUUCCUAUUCCCUGAGAAGAAUGUAGAAGUGAUCAGUGGGAAGCAAGAGGGUGUCUAUGCUUGGAUUGGUAUCAACUAUGUAUUGGGACGAUUUGAUCACAGCAAUAAUGAUGAGCCUGUAGUGAAGGUGGAGCUACCAGGAGCUGAGGCAUCUCCUCAGACUGUCUCCAGGAAGAGGACUGUAGGAGUACUUGAUAUGGGUGGAGGAUCAGCUCAGAUUGCCUAUGAAGUCCCCCAGUCUGUAAGCUUCAAUCUCAAUAACCCACAGGAGGCAGCAGCGAAGGAUUUGAUGGCGGAAUUCAAUCUAGGAUGUGACCAGCACGAAUCAGAUCAUGUCUAUAGGGUCUAUGUAACAACCUUCUUAGGCUACGGAGGCAAUGCUGCUAGGUCAAGAUAUGAAACUAUACUCGUCAAUUCAACUCUAAGCAAUAAAGAUGAUAGUAAAUCUGUGAUAGGUCUCAGUCCGACCUCUCCCUUCCUGGAUCCCUGUCUACCAACCUCAAUGACAGAUCAGAUCAUCAAAGGAGGGAAGACCUAUCACUUUAAAGGAACAGGAGAUUACCUUGCUUGUAAAGAAUCCAUGAUCCCAGUCCUAGGAUCUAACAAGCCAUGUCAGAAGGAACCAUGUUCCCUUGGAGGGGUGUAUCAAGCUGAAAUUAAUUUUGACAACUCAGAGUUCUACGGGUUUUCAGAAUACUGGUACUGUAUGGAGGAUGUACUGAGGAUGGGAGGGGUCUAUGAGUACGACCAGUUUGAAAUUGCAGCAAAAAAAUUUUGUGCCACAAAAUGGACAUUAUUACAAGAGCAUCAUCAAAAAGGUCUUUAUAGUAAAGCAGAUGAGCAUAGAUUAAAAUACCAAUGUUUUAAAUCAGCAUGGAUAACAACAGUACUUCAUAAAGGAUUUGAAUUCCCCAAAGAUUAUCAUUAUUUACGUUCUGCCAGCCUUAUACAUGACAAAGAGGUCCAGUGGACUUUAGGUGCAAUAUUAUAUAGAACAAGAUUUUUACCUCUUAGAGAGAUUCAGCAAGGUGCAUUCCAGAAGUCUUACAAACCACCUUGGAUCCGGGUAGCAGCUCCCUGGCUCUCAAACCAGUACGUCCUAGUCGUCUGCUUCCUGGUCGUCAUCGCCUUCAUCUUCGUGUACUCCCGCUGGCUGGGCAGGAUGAGGUCGACGUCAAGGAGCGGUCUGACCAGGGUUCCUACCAUGGCGUACUUCAUGACGGAAGAAGGACAGGUCCAGGAUGGGAUCUAUGAGAUGAAGGGUAUUGAACUGCGCUGAAAGAGGAUCUGUCCAGGAAUACCUGGUGAGCUGAAGAAGGUCCAAGAUUCCAGGGUCUAGAGAUGAAGGAUAUUAAUCUGCGUUGAAGAGGAUCUGUCCAGGAAUAACUGGUGAGCUGAAGAAGGUCCAGGAUGGGGUCUCUGAGAUGAAGGGCAUAGUUAUGCCUUGAAGAGAAUCUGUCCUGGAAUGCCUGGUGAGGUGAAGAAGUUCCAAGACACCAUGGCAUAGAGAUGAAGGAUAUUAAUCUGUCUGGGAAUACAUGGUGAGAUGAAGAAUGCUGGCCGAGGAGAGUCUUGGUGAGGAUGGUUUGUUUGAAGGAGAGUUUUUGAGAGAGUCCUUGCAGCUGUGCUAUAGGAUUGUAUGAUUACAGUAUUCAUGAGAGCAAAUCAUAGGGCAUUGAAAUGUGCCAAAGUGCAUUGUAAGAAUAUGCCAUAGUCGUUGCAUUGGAUCUUCAUUGAUCCUUCCGUAACUAGAAUAUUCAAUCUCUGAAGGUCACACUGGCUUUGAUGAUUUAAGAUCCAGGAUAAGCUACAUAUAUCUUAGACAAUGUUUAUGCUUCCACUUUUCAGGCCAGAAUCAGCGUUUUCAUAUGUGGGGGUUCAAAACACGGUUGCGUCCAUGCUUACUUUCUUUUAAACGAUGUUACAGAAUGCCGAUCGUAAACUUACAAAAAGGUGCAUUUCUAAACGUCGUUUGACCAGAAUCAGGCUUUCUGGGGAAGCAUAAACAGGACCGCGAUCGUAAACGUGUUUAAAUGACGUCAUUUGGUACAUGCUUCCGGUGAGAUGAAAAUCCGCGGGCAAAUACAGUCGCAUGGUUCUAACAGGGACCUCCACGGCAUUACCUCUCAUCUCUCUCUGAUUUUAUUAAAGACCAUUGUAUGUACAUUGCAUGGUAUGAUUAUAAAAAGAACGGAACAUGAGUUAUGAUGAGGAGACAUCACUGAGCCAAAAGCCCCAGUAGCAUAAAUAAUUAGAUAUCUUAUUAUUUUCUUUUGUAUACUUUAAUAUUCUUUAUUUUAUCUUACUAUUAUCCUCACCAUGCUGAAAAUUCUAUAGCUAUGUCAAGUAGCUCCAUGCAAUUACUUAAAGAUCGAAAAUUGUUCUAAGUUAAAAUAAUUGUCGACCAUAACAACACUC